GAAUUAGGCCUAAUUCGUCGACCAGUUUCGUUUACAUCAACAAUAUGUGAUGAUCGAGGUGAAGAGUUAUUGUAUGCUGGAAUGCCAAUCAGCCAAGUGAUUGAACAAGAUCUAGGUAUAGGUGGUGUUCUUGGCUUGUUAUGGUUCAAAAGAAG